GACGUAGGAUCCGUUUACGGAAGUAUUGCAACUUUUAGGAACUUCUGGUGAUUCAGGAGAAAAACGGAUCGUUGUGUGUUUCUGUCCUUGAAACAGGGCGAAGUAGGUGUGUGGACGUGGUGUCAUGAGGACUUGCAAGCUCCUGAGGGGAGCGUCAUGGUGGAGGUGCUUGAAGGAAAUAGUGGGAUAACUGUUGUCUGAAGGACUACUCUACCGCGCUGCCCAUCGGUGUAGGGCUACUUUCGCACUGAAAAAGUAGAGCCUACAGGUCCUGACUCCACAGCAGCAUGAGAACCACUUGAAGGAAGGAGGAAGAGGUUGCAGGAUUUGGGUAUUAUCAUUCUGGGGACACCCUUCACAGGAGACUGAAAUUUCCAAACAGAAAUUAGAGCUGAUCCAGAAAACACAAAGACAGACCUUCCCAGUUGCUGGCAGUGUCCCAAGAACAAAAGAAAAUGGUCAAGGCCCAGGAAUCACUGACAUUCAGUGAUGUGGCUGUGAAGUUCACCUGGGAAGAGUGGCAGCUCCUAGACACUGCUCAGAAGGACCUGUACUGGGACGUAAUGUUGGAGAACUAUAGCAACCUGGUGUCCAUUGAGUGUCAAGUUAGCAAGCCAGAUGCACUCUCCAGGUUGGAACGAGGAAAACAAUCGUGGACUAUACUAGAUGAAAGCCUUCGUGUAACCUUUUCAGAAAUCCGGGAAGUUGAUAAUCAUCUGCUUGGGCGUUCACUAAAAGAAAGAAGGGUGGACAGAAUGGAACAGUGCUGUGAAUAUAAUGCAUUGGAAAAGAUUGGUCAUCGGCACAAAAAUCAUUUUCCUUUAAGGGAAAAUCAUGCUAUGUUUGACUUACAUGGAAAAGGUAUGAAAUCCAAUUUGACUUUACCAGCAGUCAACCAGAGCAAAAGUGAUGAAAUAAAGAACUCUGCUGAGCUUAAUCGAGAUGAGAAAGCCUUUUUCCAUGCUGACCAGGAGCAAUUUUAUACUAAAAUGAAAAUCCCUGAGAGUCAAAAAUCCAACAUCAAAAAGUCUCAACUCACUAAGCAUCAGAAAACUCACAAAAUAGAGAAAUCGCAUGUAUGUAGUGAAUGUGGGAAAUCCUUCUUCAGGAAGUCUUUCCUCACUGAUCACCAGAUCAUUCAUACAGGAGAGAAACCUUACAGUUGCAAUCUAUGUGGGGAAACCUUCUUUAAAAAAUUCAAGCUCAGUAAACAUUAUCACACAACUCAUAAAGGACAAAAACCGUUUAAAUGUACAGAUUGUGGCAAAGCCUAUUUCCAUAAAUCAAAACUCAGUAAUCAUCAGAAAACUCAUAGGGCAGAGAAACCCUAUAUAUGCCAUGAAUGCGGAAAAGGCUUCAUCCAGAAGACACAUCUCACUAUUCAUCAACGAACUCAUACUGAAGAGAAACCCUAUAUAUGCAGUGAAUGUGGAAAAGGCUUCAUCCAGAACAGACAUCUAAUUAUUCAUCAGCGAACUCAUACUGGAGAGAAACCCUAUGCGUGCAGUGAAUGUGGUAAAGGCUUCAACCAAAAGGGACAUCUCAUUAUUCAUCAGAGAACUCAUACUGGAGAAAAACCUUAUGCGUGUGGUGAAUGUGGUAAAAACUUCAGCCAUAAGGGAAAUCUCAUUAUUCAUCAGCGGAUUCAUACUGGAGAGAAACCUUAUGUAUGUGGUGAGUGUAGUAAAGGCUUCAGCCAGAAGUCAUGCCUCAUAGCACAUCAGAGGUUUCACACAGGAAAGAUGCCCUUUUCAUGCAGUGAAUGUGGAAAAUCUUAUUCCCAGAAUGCAACUCUCAUUAGACAUCGGAAAAUUCACACAGGAGAGAAACCCUUUCAAUGCAGUGAAUGUUCAAAAGCUUUCAAAACAAAGCGAGAGCUCGUUGUACAUCAAAGAUCUCAUACAGGAGAGACACCAUAUUGCUGCAGUGAGUGUGGACAAACUUUUGCCUAUACCUCUUCCUUUUAUUCACAUAAAAGAAAACACAAAAGAGAGAAAGGUGUAGAUUCGAUCAAGUUGGAAGGCUCUUCCACAGCAAGUCACAGCUCAUCACAUACCAGUGAUCUCAUGCAGGUGAAAAGCCCAGUUAAUACAGUGACGCUGCAGAUGCCUUCUGUGGCCGCUGAGACAUCAGUAAACAUCAGUGGGCUCCUAACUAAUAGGAGCAUAGUCCUUGUGGGACAGCCUGUUUCUAGAUGUGAACCCUCAGGACGUAACAGGGAAUUUGUACAGCAGAGGAACCUUCCGAAUGCAGUGAAUUUGGUGGUGCCUUCAGUUGUCAAUUACGUCUUAUUUUAUGUCACAUAAAACCCAUGGGAUAAACUCAGAUACAUACAUUAGGGAUGAGGAUUGAACACAAAUUUCUACCUCAUUGUAUGGCUACAAAGUGUACCCCAAAGGAAAUCAUAUGAGUGCAGAGACUGGGAAGGCCUGAUACACUCAUGCUAUGUGAAUAUGUGCUUUGACACUGAGACAUAAUCUGAUGGUAACACACAUAUUCAUCAAUUGGUCUAUUGUGCCAGUUAAACAAAUGAAAAUCUGAGUUGGUCUCUGUGGAGGAAAGAAUUUUUUAAAACUCAAAAGAUCACUGGUGUCUCAAAUGUUGCUAUAAAUGAAUAACCAAGUAGGAGCUGGUUGUUGGGAAAGGGGCAAUACUGAAUUGGUGGGAUAUGGGGCACAUAUAUAUGAAUUCAGUUUCUCUAUAUCAGUGUGUAACCAAAAACUAUAUUGUCUACCAUACAUAAUAUAACUUUAUAUUAUACAGAUGGACCUAUGAAACAAUGGUCUUACAUGGAGUCUGUUCAUUAAUAAACCACAUAACUCUAAGUAUAGUCUGUCAGUUCUGUGUGGACAUUGCAGUGAUUUAUCAAACCCAGCAAAAAAGAGUGUCCUGUGGGAGGUCAGCUAGUGUCUAAAUUGGUAAUAGUUGGAGAGUGAAGGUAUGUCUUACCUCCACCUCACUGGAAUCAGCUUUGGGCUGUUGGUGAUUCGCUUUCCUCCUGAAGUUAGAGGACAUCAGUUGCUACUAGUACCAGAACUUUAAAGUUGGUAUCAGAAGUGUGAUUUGUCACAAUGGCUCCUGAUUCAUGGAAACAUGGGGCUUUGGAAGAGAAAAGAAGAACGGGCAUGGCAUGAGAAAAUUUUGAUUCUGGGGUGGUUAUUUUCAUUUUUGCUAUAUGUAAUGCCUAAAAUACAAGUAAGAGAUGGUAUGCUGAAGCAGUGGAUAGGAAAGCUACACCUGGAAUGGCUUGGAGUGAAAGCCCAGCAGGUUAACCAAGAUGAUUGGUAGGGGGUCAGGGUAUUCUUAUUCAACUCAGCCAGAGACCUAAAUCCAUAUGCUUAUCAGUGGGUAAGAUAGAUGCUGGAAAACGGAAGAUGAAACUGCAGGGUUUAAAAAGGUUAUGUGUUUAUUUUAAUGUACUAUAUUUGUCUGACUGAAGGAGUGUUUUCCUUACCUGGUGUAAAACAGACCUGAAUGUAUGAUAGAAAUGAAUAUUGGGUAUGGUUUAAAAAAAAAAAAAAAGCGUGUAACUCCAUCCCUCAGGAAAUACUUGAUUGGAUAUGCUAAAAGUUGUAAAUAGUAAAUGGGGAUUAUGUUAAAAGCCUUUGAGAUUAGGAGAUUUGCAUUUGAGACACAAUAAUAUUGAACUUUGAGGGUACCAGGAUGAUUAAAGUCUUGAUGGACCAAAGAGCUACUUGUUGAAUGAACAGUAAAAGAAUGUUCAUGUGGGGCACAGCCCUAUGGAGUCUGAACGGUGUGUUCAAUAGGAUAUAUCAGUGACCAUAAGAAGACCUCACUUUAAGGACUGGAAAUUAAUGGAAGCUGAUAAGUAGGUAGCUUGGUAUGCUCACUUGUGCCAGCUCCAGAGGAAGUCUUUUUCUCUCUGUCAGCUCUGGGGGAAAGUCCUCGUCAUCAGUUUUCCCCUGGUCUAGGAGCUACUCAGUGUAGGGACCCCAGGUCCAAAGGACGUGCUCACUCCUGGUUCUUCAUUCUUGAUGAUAGCAGGUCCCCCUGUCUCUCUGCUCCCUUCUCUCUUUUAUAUCUCAGAACAGAUUGACUCAACAUAUAACCAGUCUUGUAGAUUGAGUCCUUCCUCAUUAACCUUACUGCCUCCAGUCCAGCCUCAUUAACAUCAUAGAGAUAGGAUUUACAACACAUAAGAAAAUCACAUCAGAUGACAAAAUGGUGGGCUAUUAUGCAACACUGGGAAUCAUGGCCUAGCCAAGUUGACACAUUUUUGGAGGACAAAGUUCAAUCCAUGACAUUCCAUCGUUUGGCCUCCCAAAAUUCAUGUCCUUGCCACAUGUAAAACACAUUCACCCCAUCAUAUUAUAGCAAAAGUGUUAAAUUAACUCCAAAUCCAAAAUCUAAAAAUUCCUCUUCGUCUGAAAUCUAUAAUACAAGUUACCUGCUACCAAUGUUCAGUGGUGGAACAAACACAAGCUAGACAUUUUCAUUAUAAAUGAGAGAAAUUGGACGGAAAGAAGGGAUAACAGGCACCAAGCAAGUCAGCAGAACACAUUAUAUUACGUUUUCAGGUCUUGAAAAGAAUCCUCUGUUCUCUGAGAGCAUUUAGCCAAUGGCCCUGUCCUCCAGGCUCUAGGUGUUGGCCACACUCUCCUGAAUCUGGGUGGAUGCCCCUUAGUCCUGGGCUUCAGAUGCACAUUCCAGCCCACUGGAAUAGCAACUCUGCUCCCUUGGAUUUGGGUGGCCCCAUUUGCCUAGUCCUUCUGCGUGGCGGCCCUACCCCUCAGCCCUGGCAGGCCCCAUUCUUCUGGCCCUUGGGGAUGGCAGCCCCAACCCCACAGCCUUGGGUGCUGGAUCUGGCCCCAUCUUGCUGGCACUCGUAAAAGGUAGCCCCACGCUCCAGAAACAAGUUGGUGAGGAUAUGGCCCUGAAACGUAGGAGGUGUGGCCUCACCAUUUGAAAUCCAGAGGCCAUGUCUCCACCCUUUGAGAUCCCAGAAAUCAUGGCCCUCCUCUUUGACACUGAGGCAGCUUUGCUUCCUGUGCUACUUUGUCUUCACCUUCUGCUUUCUGGUUCCUUGGCCUCUGCCCCUUGGGCCUCGCUUCCCAAAUCUGCCCUGCUGGAGCGAGUGUUCCAAAACCGUUUAGCUCUACUGAUAAGUGCUUCAGGGCACCCCACUCUGCCAGUAAACUUCAGCCAGAAGGCACACAGCUCUCUUGCUCCGUGGGUUGGCAAACCUUGCCCCACCAUUAAGUGCCCAGAUGCACCCCACUCUGCCAGGAAGCCCCCCGUGCAGAGGCACUCAGCUCUCUCUUGCAACUCAAUGGGUUGGCUCCAGUGCUGCCUCUCGCUGGUCUCCUGGUUCUGCUGCUGCUUCUCACCAUCUGCACCAUCUCCAGUGUAACAGCUCUCCUCAUUUCCUUCUGAGUCCUCACCAGAAUUGUCUUUGAUGUCCAUAAUUCCAACAACAGUCUCUUCAAGGCACUUUUUAAAUUCUAGCCUCUCUUCGUUCACAGUUUCAAAACAGCUUCCACACUGUAGGUAUCUUAGAGCAGCACCCUACUCUGUCGGUACCAAAUUCUGUCUCGGUUAUCUAGUUGCUAUAAUAGAAAUACCACAAGUGGGAGGCUUUAACAAACAGAUUUAUUUUCUCACAAUCUACUAGGCUGAAAGUCCAGAUUCAGAGUGCCAGCUCCAGGGGAAGGCUUUCUCUCUCUUUUAGCUGUGCAGGAAGGUCUUUGUCAUCAAUCUUCCCAGGGUCUAGGAGCUUCUCAGCACAGGAACCCCAGGUCCAAAGGAUGCAUUCCCUCCUGGUUCUCCUUCUUGGUGAUAGGAGGUCCCUGUGUCUCUCUGCUCCUCUAUUUUAUAUCUCAAAAGAGAUUGACACAAGAAACAACUUAGUCUUGUUGGUUGAGUCCUGUCUUAUUAACAUAACUGGCUCAAUCUGACUUCAUUAACAUCAUAGAGGUAGGAUUUACAACACAUAGGAAAACCACCUUAAAUGACAAAAUGGUGGACAAUAACACAACACUGGGAAUCAUGGCCUAGCCAAGUUGACACACAUUUUGGGGGGACACAAUUCAAUCCAUGACAGUGGGGGAAGAUGCCGAUAGGAUUAUUUGAUUCAACUGUGAAUGUUGAUUGUUAGCAGUGUUAAUUGUGAUUAUAAAAACUUAAUUGUAGAAGUUGUAACUGCUAUGCUGAUAACUCUUUAAACUUAGAGCAAAGGCAUAAACUUUUCUCAGUUAAAUUUUAUCAAAGGCCAGAAAGGGUGAAAUGAAACAUCUAAUGGAGAACCUGACCAGAACGGACGGAUACCGGCAGCAGACAUGAGUGACUGAGACCUGAGUGACCUUACCCUGAAGACUCUGCCCUACUGAAGGACUAGUUACUAAUGAUUGUUUUGGGCUGGUAAAAUAAUUGGAUUAACUUGAAGUUAAUCCUUCAAGUAUGAAAGGGUCAAUGGCUAGAAUAGCCAGGGGUGGCCCGUGGUGCAGUGAAUUACUUAAUAUGGCUCUUGUAGCCAAAAUCAUUGUAAUUCUUAACAAAUGACUGUGUGGGACUAUGCAACGAGGUGCAUGUGGCCCACCAAUGGACUGACUACCUUGCUAUUAAUGUAAAUAAGGUGCAUGGAACCCUUAUGAGGGAAUUGGUCAGUUUUGCCAUUCUGCUAGGCUUAAAAGAGAGCCAGCCUCAGAGCAAGGGGUGGAUCUCUCCACCACGAUGAAAGAUGCAGCAGUGGAACGCAUCCUCUGGACACGGAUCACUGUGUUGAGAAACUUCUCGACCCAAGACACAGAAAGACUCGUAACACCAGAGGUGAUGAAAGAUGGCAAGAAGAAGCAUCAGAGAAGCGAAUACGCCAGAGGCACAAGAACCAAGAGGCUGGCAGGAGAUGGCACGAUGGGCUUCCAAGCCCACAGGGUGAGAAACCUGAGCACCUUCAGCCAAGGCUAACUGGUGGAGUGGAGUGCCUUCUGGCACUUAUCAGCACAGCUAAAAGAACUUUGUACCACUUGCUUAAGCAGUGCAGAGCCCGGACCAAGGGGCUGAGGCGCCAAGGGGACAAGUGGAUGCCAGGUCUAAAGGUUGAGGACCACAGAAAGGCAUGCCUGCAUGCAUGGCUGAGAAGCCGUCCUGACUGAAGAACUGUAUCCUGAGUUGUUGCUGAUCUUGAAUUGCAACAUGCUACUUCACUAAUAAACCUUGUGUUGUCUGUGAGUUCUCUGCGGCCAUUGCAAUUAAUUAUGAAACCCAGCAGAGGAGUAGAGAGUGCCGUGUGAGGCAUGACUGGUGUGUGUCAUUGAUUGAAUUAUGUCCACCAAAAAAUGUGUGCAUCAAAUUGGCUGGCCCAUGAUUCCCAGUAUUGCGUGGUCGCCCUCCAUUUUGAGAUUGUAAUUUUAUGUUAAAGAAGAUUAGAGUGGAAUUGUAACAUCUUUACUAAGGUCACAUCACAGAUCCAAUGUAAAGGGAGUUUCUCUGGGGUGUGGCCUGUAUCACCUUUUAUCUUAUAAAGGUGUAAAACCCAAUAUUCACUUAUGUUAUAAGAGAUAAAAGGAAAGGGAAGCAAGCAGAGAGUUGGGGACUUCAUACCACCGAGAAAGCAGUGUCGGGAGCAGAGCACAUCCUGUGGACCUGGUGUUCCUGUGCAGAGAAUUUCCAAGUACUGGGGGGAGAUUGAUGAGAAGGCUGACAGAGAGAGAGCCUUCCCCUGGGGCUGAUGCCCUGAAUUUGGACUUUUAGCCUUCUUUACUGUGAAGAAAUAAAUUUCUCUUUGUUAAAGCCAUCCACUUGUGGUAUUUGUGUUAUAGCAGCAUGAGAUGACUAAGACAGUGUCAGAAUCGGUGAAAAGGUUGGAAGGUGGAAGUGUGUCUGACAUAAACCUUGAGCAAUUGCAAUGAGUCUGCUUCUGCGCCAACUGCAAAAAUGGUGUGCUAGAGGCGUCUGAACUGUUCUGACUUUACAGGGGAGAAGGAGAAUCAUCAACAGCUCAAGGCUGAUUCCUAUGAGGGAGAGGUCAAGCAUACCCCUCAGAUAUGCCCUGCUCAGACAAAAGUUACAAAGUUCUUUAGCUCCAUCGAUAAGUGCCCAGAGACACCCAGACCACCAGGAAAUUCCUGCCUGAAGGAACUCAGCACACUUGCUCUGUGGGUCAAUCCUGCUUCGCUUUGUAUCAUUUUCCUGGUUCUUCUGCUGCCAUUUCUGCUUCUCACUGUCUUUCACCAUCUCCAGUGUUACAGCUUCUCACUCUCCAUCUCCCGUGUUUAGGAGUUUCUCAAUGCAGUGACCCUGGGAUCAAAGGAUUGCUCUCCUCAUGUCUCUUCUUCUGGGUGGUAGUGAGGUUCACCCUCUGAUCUGGGAUUGGCUCUCUUUUAAGCCUAGCAGAUGGAAAAAGAACCAAUCCCCUCCUUAGAGUACCAUACACCAUAUCUGCAUGGCCCCACCUUCACAAGUGUCCCAUGCACGUUAUUUGCAUUAUUAACAAGUUGUCCAAUCCUCUUGGUGGGCCACAAGCCCUUUUUUGCAUAGUCCCACCCAAUCGUUUCCUGGUAAUUCCAAGACUAUGGCUAGAAAAGCAAUCUAUCACACCUCAUUGGGUUAUUACAAAUAAUGCUGCUUCAAAAAUAUUGGCACAUGUCUAAUGCUUGAAAUGAACACUCAGUAUAAGAGGAGAUAAACCUCAGACUUAAAUUGUUAUUUCAAAGUGUAUGUAGAACUUCAACCUAAUGGAUGAUGCCAAAGUGUUUUCUAAAGUGGUUGUACAGCUUUACAGUUCCUCCAGCAGAAUAGUUUUCAGUUUAUAGUUAGUGCAUUAUAUGGCAUGUUUAAAAUAUGUUCUCAGAGCCUAAUGUAAACUUAUCUUCUAAAGCAUCUUUGAUUUGUCAUUCUCAUUGAGAGUCACACUUGAACACAAAUUGAUACUUUUGUAUGUUGUGAGGUGGGUAUCACGCAAAUUUUUUCACAUGUAUAUCUGAUUUUCGAACACCAUUUUUUGAAAAGACGUCUUUUACCCAUAUCUCUGCAAAUUUUGAAUCUCAGGUUUUAUUGCCUAGGGGUUUAUUCUGAGGUGUGCCUUUAAAACCCAAUAUUCAUCUCCAUCUUAAAUAUGUAUCUGUAUUAUAUUACUAGGAAGGAGAAACAUUCAAUAUCCAUAGUACAUUCAGAUAAACACGUAACCCUUUUUAAAACAUUCCAGUUUUGUCUUCUCCACACCUUCAGUAUCUUCCCAUUCAUAUGCAUGUGGCCUUGGGUCUCCAGCUGGGUGGAAUCAGAAGACCCUGGCCUUCUAUCAAUAAUACUGUUUAACCAGCCUGCUUUGUGCCCCACACCAGAUGCAGCUUUUCUCACGUAAGAGACAGCAAAAUAUCACCUACUUUCCUUUCAACUAGGUAACAAUAACAAAAUUGACCAUCUAACAAUCAAAAGCGUCACUUUGCACACCCUGUCAUUGUUUCCUUUGCAAUGUCCCAUGCUUCCGUGAGUCUAGAGUCAUUACAAUGAAUCCCGCACUUGACAGCAACUGUAAAAAUGAAUAAUUUGGUAGGAUCAGCACAAAGGUGAUUCCCAUUAGCAGAGGUUAAAGAUGUCUCAAAUGUCCAACUUCUCUAAACUGCUGUACCACUCCAUCAUCUCUAACAUCAACUACUCCUCCUCCCCGCAGUACCCUUUCUCUUGCCUUUGGGUUCCAUAAUUCACUGUAGUGUCUCACAGAACUCAUGAACCUUACUUACAGUUAAGUGGUUUAUUAGAGAAGUAACAAGGGUACAACUUGGGAUUGGAACCAAUAUGGAAGUAACAGGAAGGACAUCUCAGGAUGAAGUUCUUUGAUCAGGACAGCUUCUCACCCACUGCUAGUCCCUGCUGAGGUUUUGCUACCACUCACCCUGCUUAGGACCUUCUCAGGCAAGUGUUACAACUGUCUUUUUAAGCCUCACGGGAUGGCCAAACUAACCAAUCCCCUCAUUAGGGUACCAUAUACUUUAUUAGCAUGUUCUCAUCUGUUCUCUUGGGUGGAAAUUACAAUACCAUAGUGAGAAAGGCCACACAAAAGCGAUCAAUCUCCCUACAUCUUUUGUGUGGCCUUUCUUGUCAUGCUGUUGUAAUUCCCACCCAGUCACUUGGGUGAGACUGCAUAUAGGGCAAUUGUGGCCCACCGAGGGGAUUGGUCAGUUUUGUCUUCAAAGAGAGCCAAUACCAGGGCACAGAGAGGAUCCUACCACCACCAACGAAGAACAACCAGGAGCGGAGAGCAUGUCCUUUGGUUCUGGGAUCCCAGUGCUGAGAAGCUCCUGGAAACAGGAGACCAAGAGAAAGCGAACAAGCUGUAACCCUGAAUAUGGUGAGACGUGAUGGCAGGCAAGAUCAGCAGAAAGCUGCCUAGUGGGCUUUCCAGCCCGAGGAGCAAGAAAGUUCUGUGCCUGGGCUGCCUCUGGGGACUUAUUGGCCACAACUAAAAUGCGUUUGUAACACUUGCCUGAGCAGGAUAGAGGCCUAGGGCCAGGGAGAGGUGUGCCUGCCAGCACAACUGAAAAGAGGCUGUCCUGAUGGCAGAACUGUAUCCUGAGUGUUCCUGAGCGUGAAUUGUAGCCUGUUACUUCCCUAAUAAACCCUGUAAUUAUGAGUAUUCUCUUUGAGUUCUGUGUGGUCAUUGCAAUUAAUUAUCCAACCCAGCAGAGAAGUAUAGAGUGCUGCAUAAGGGACAGUUGGUGUCAGAAUUGGUAAAGAUGGUGGAGAAGGGAAACAUGUCUGACCUCCACCUCAUAGUUAUCAACCUUGGACUGUUGAUCUUGAUUCUCCUUCCUCGUGAAAUUAAAGGAGGUCAGAGACUGCCCCUAGGCCGUUAUCACCGCAGGGGAAUUUUAAGUUUUUCCAUCCCACUAGGCUUAAAAUGAGCUAAUAAUAUGUGGAGAGGAAAGGUUCUCACCACCACCAAGAAAGAAGAGUUGGAGUGGAGUGCAUUCUUUCGAUGGUGUGGUGAGAACAUCCUACUUCCAGGAGGCAGUGAGAGACUGCUGUAACACUGGAGAUGGUGAGAAGCAGCAGCAUAGAAACAACAGAAGUACCCAGAGACCACCAGAAGGCUGGCAGGAGACAACACAGUGGAUUCCUGGUGCACAGAGUGAAAAACCUGAGCAGUUUCCAGUGGGAGGCUUGCUGGUGGAGAAGGGUGUCUCCAGACGCUUGGUGGAGUUAGGUUUUCCUAGCCACAGACUAGAGCAGAGCCCAUUGGGCUAAGGCUUACUGGUGGGGUUUGGUGGCUCUGGACAGUACUGGCAGAGCUAAAAGGACUCUCUAAUACUUUCCCAAGCAGUGUAGUGGCAAGGCCAAGCGGUGGAGGGCCAGAGAGAGACCUGCCUGCAUGCAUGGCAGAGAAGAGGCCUUCCUGAUAGAAGAAUUGUAUCCUGAGCACUUCUAAACCUGAACUGUAAAAUAAUACUUCACUAAUCCCCCACGUGUCUGUCAGUUUGUUGUACUGUGGGGGCUUUCAUGUUGCUGUGGUGCUGCAAGCUGUGCCACCAGAAUUCACAUACCAGGGUCAUCUGUUGUCUUGGUUCUCUAGUCCUGCUCUAAGAGAAAUACCACAAGUGGAUGGUUUUAACAAAGAAAAAUUAAUUUUCUUACAGUCUGGUAGGUUACAAGUCCAAAUUCAGGGUGUUGGCUCCAGGGGAAGGCUUUCUCUCUCUGUCAGCUCUGGAGGAAGACCCUUCUCCUCAAUCUUCUCCUGGUCGAGGAGCUUCUCAGGUGCAGGGACACUGUGUCCAAAGUAUGGCAUGAGGUCCCCCAACUCUCAGCUUGCUUUCCUUUCCUUUUAUCUCUCAGGAGAUAAAAGGUGUGCAGGCCACACCCCAGGGAAACUCCCUUUACCUUGGAUCAGGGAGGUGACCUGGGUAAGGGUGGUGUUACAAUUCUACCCUAAUCCUCUCAACAUAAAAUUACAAUCACAAAAUGGAGGACAACCACACAAUACUGGGAAGCAUGGCCUAACCAAGUUGAUGCACACAUUUUUAGGGAGACAUAAUGCAAUCCAUGACAUUCCACCCCUUGGCCCCCUAGAAAUCACAUCCUUGCAACAUGCAAAACAUAUUCACUCCAUCGUAUCAUAGCAAAAGUCUUAACUCCGACUCCAAAAUCCAAAAAUUCCUCUUCAUCUGUGAAAUCUAGAAUACAGAUUAUCUGCUUCCAAUGGUACAAUGGCAGAAAAGGCACAGGCUAGACAUUUCCAUUACAAAUGGGAGAAACUGAAAGACAAGAAUGCAUAACAGGCACCAAGCAAGUCAGUACAACACAUUACAUUAGCUCUCAAAGCUUUGAAAAUAAUCUUGGCUGUUCUCUGAGACAAUUUAAACAAUAACGCUGCCCUCCAGACUCUAGGUAUUGGCCACACUCUCCAAAUUCUACUUGUAGGCCCCUUCAGCUCUGGGCUUCAGCUCCACCUUCCAGGUUCACUGAAACUGCAACUCUGCUCCCCCAGCUUUAGGCCCUCCAUUCUCCUAGUCCAUCUGAGUGGCAAUUCCACCCUUAGAAACACCAGAGGCCAUGGCCCCACACUUUGAAACCCCUGAGGUCACGGCCAUACCUUUUGAGACUGAGACAGCUGGGCUUCUUGUGUUCCUUGUCUCUUCAGCUACUGUUUCCUGGUUUCUUGGUCUCUUGGCUCCUCAGGCCUCAUGCCUGCAUCUGCCCUGCUGAGGCAAGUGUUCUAAAGCUCUGUAGCUCCAGCAGUAAGUGCCUGGAGUCACCCCACUCUGCCAGGGAGCCUCCUGUGCACAGGCAUUCAUCUCUCUCGCUCCCUGGGUCAGCUCCAGCACUGUCUCAUGCUGGUCUUCUGGUUCUGCUGCUGCUGGUUCUUUGCUGUUGCCACUUUGCUGUCAUUGCAGGUUCUCUGCUCUGCUUGUCCUCUGCCGCUGUCUCAACUCUAUCCAUUCACAGUUUCAAAAUUGCUUCCACAUUAUAGGUAUCUGUUACAGCAGCACCCCACUCUCUUAGUACCAAAUUCUGUCUUGGUUCUCUAGUGCUGCUGUAACAGAAAUACCACAAGUGGAUGGCUUUAACAAAGAGAUUUAUUUCUCACAGUCUAGUAGGUUACAAGUCCAAAUUCAGGGUGUUGGCUCCAGGGGAAGGCUUUCUCUCUCUGUCAGCUCUGGGGGAAGAUCCUUCUCCUCAAUCUACCCCCAGUCAAGGAGCUUCUCAGGCACAGGGACACCGUGUCCAAAGGAUGCGCUCUUCUCCUGGUGCUGCUCCCCUGGUGGUAUGAGGUCCCCAACUCUCUGCUUGCUUCCCUUUCCUUUUAUCUCUCAAGAGAUAAAAGGUGGUGCAGGCCACACCCCAGGGAAACUCCCUUUACCUUGGAUCAGGGAGGUGACCUGGGCAAGGGUGGUAUUACAAUUCCACCCUAAUCCUCUCAACAAAAAACACAAUCACAAAAUGGAGGACAACCACACAAUACUGGGAAGCAUGGCCUAACCAAUUUGAUACACACAUUUUGGGGGAGACAUAAUUCUAUCCAUGACACUCAUGGUGGAUAGGUUUCAGCUGAACUUCCAGACUGAGACAGACUGGGAAAAAGGACCCAGCAAUCUACUUCUGGAAAGAAUUAGCCAGUGAAAAUCUUAUGAAUAGCAGCAGAACACUGUCUGAUAUAGUGCCAGAAAAUGAGCCCCUAAGGUUGGAGGGUACUCAAAAUGCAACCAGGGAAGAGCUGCCUUCUCAAAGUAGAGUCGAUCUUAAUGACAUGGGUGGAGUCAAGCUUUCAGGGCCUUCAUUUGCUGAUAUGGCACGACCCAAAAUGAGAAGGAACAGCUGGAAAUAUCCGUUAAUAUAAUCAGAAUGUGAAGUAUACAAAGUAUGAACCUAAGAAAAUUGAAAAUAGUCAAAAAUGAAAUGGAACACAUAAACAUUGAUAUCCUAGGCAUUAGUGAGCUGAAAUAAACUGGUAAUGAUCAUUUUGAUUCAGACAAUCAUAUGGUCUACUGUGCCAGGAAUGACAUCUUGAAAAGGAAUGGUGCAUUCAUUGUCAAAAAGAAUAUUUCAAGGUCAAUCCUGAAGUACAAAGUGGUAAGUGAUAGGAUAAUAUCCAUAUGCCUACAAGGAAGAUGAGUUAAUACAACAAUUAUUCAAAUUAUGAACCAACCAGUAAAGAGAAAGAUGGAGAAAUUUAAGAUUUUUACCAACUUCUGCAGUCUGAAAUUGAUCAAACAUGCAAUCAGGAUGCAUUGAUAAUUACUGGUCAUUGGAAUGUGAAAGAAAGCUAGAAACGAAGAAGGAUCGGCAGUUGGAAAAUAUGGCCUUGGUAAUAGAAAGGAUGCCAAAGAUUGCAUGAUAGUAAUUUGCAAGGACAAGGACAUCUUCAUAGCAAAUACCAUUUUUCACCAACAUAAACAGCAACUAUACACGUGGACCUUACCAGAUGGAAUACACAGAAAUCAAAUAAACUAUAUCUCUGGAAAGAGACGAUGGAAAGCUCAAUAUCAUCAGUCAGAACAAGGCCAGGGUCUGACUUCGGAGCAGACCAUCAGUUGGUCCUACGCAAGUUCAAGCUGAAACUGAAGAAAAUUAGAACAAGUCUACAAGAGCCAAAGUACAACCUUGAGUAUACCCCACCUGAAUUUAGAGACCAUCUCAAGAACAGAUUUGACACGUUGAACGCUAAUAACCGAAGAUCAGAUGAGUUGUGGAACAACAUCAAGGACAUCAUACAUGAAGAAAGCAAAAGGUCAUUAAAAAGUCAGGAAAGAAAGAAAAGCCCAGAAUGGAUGUUAGAAGAGGCUCUGAAACUUGUUCUUGAAUGUCACGUAGCUAAAGCAAAAAGAAGAAAAGAUGAAGUAAAAGAGCUAAACAGGUGAUUUCAAAGGGUGGCUUGAGAACACAAAGUAAAGUAUUAUAAUGACAUGUGCAAAGACCUGGAGAUAGAAAAACAGAAGGGAAGAAUAUGUUGGGCAUUUCUCAAGCUGAAAGAACUGAAGAAAAACUCAAGCCUCGAGUUGCAACAGUGAAGGAUUCUACAGGGGAAAUACGAAACGACACAGGAAGUAUCAAAAGAAGAUGGAAGAAAUACACAGAGUCAGUAUAACAAAAAGAAUUGGUCAAGUUCAACCAUUUCAGGAGGUAGCAUAUGAUUAGGAACUGAUGAUACUGAAGGAAAAAUUCAAAGCUGCACUGAAGGCGAUGGCAAAAAACAAGGUUCCAGGAACUGUCAAUACCAAUUGAGAUGUUUCAGCAAAUGGAUGCAGCACUGGAAGUGCUCACUAGUCUAUGCCAAGAAAUUUGGAAGACAGCUACCUGGCCAGCCAACUGGCAGAGAUCCAUAUUUAUGCCUAUUCUCAAGAAAGGUGAUCCAACAGAAUGUGGAAAUUAUUAAACAAUAUCAUCAAUAUCACAGAAAAGUAAAAUUUUGCUGAAGAUCAUUCAAAAAUGGCUACAGCAGUAUAUUGACAGGGAACUGCCAGAAAUUCAAUCCAGAUUCAGAAGAGGUUGUGGAGCCAGGAAUAUCAUUGCUGAUGUCAGAUGGAUCCUUGCUGAAAGCAGAGUAUACCAGAAAGAUGUUUACCCGUGUUUUAAUAACUAUGCAAAGGCAUUCGACUGCGUGAAUCAUAACAAAUUCUGGAUAACGUGAAGAAUGGGAAUUCCGGAACAUGUAAUUGUGCUCAUGCAGAACCUGUACAUAGAUCAAGGUAGUUGUUGGAACAGAACAAGGGAAUACUGCGUGCUUUAAAGUCAGGAAAGUUGUGCAUCAGGGUCGUAUCCUUUGACCAUGCAUAUUCAAUCUUUAUGCCGAGCAAAUAAUCUGAGAAGCUGGACUAUAUGAAGAAGAAUAUGGCAUCAGGAUUGGAGCAAGGUUUAUUAACAACCUGCGAUAUGCAGAUGAUACAACCUUGCUUGCUGAAGAGGAAGAGGACUUGAAGCACUUGCUGAUGAAGAUCAAAGACCACAGCCUUCAGUAUGAAUUACACCUCAACAUAAAGAAAACCAAAGUCCUCACAACUGGACCGGUAAGCAACAUCAUGACAAAUGGAGAAAAGAUUGAAGUUGUCAAGGAUUUCAUUUUACUUGGAUCCACAAUCAGCACCCAUGGAAGCAGCAGUCAAGAAAUCAAAAAAUGCAUUGCACUGGGUAAAUCCACCACAAAAUAUCUCUUUAAAGUGUUGAAAAUAAAGAUGUCGCCUUGAAGACUAAGGUGCACCUGACCCAAGCCAUGGUGUUUUCAGCUGCCUCAUAUGCAUGCUAAGGCUGGACAAUAAAUAAGGGAAACUGAAGAAUUGAUGUCUUUGAAUUAUCGUGUUGUUGAAGACUACAGAGUACACCAUGGACUGCCAAAACAACGAACAAAUCUGUUUUGGAAGAAGUACAACCAGAGUCUCUUUAGAAGCAAGGAUGGCAUGAGUAUGUCUCACAUAGUUUGGACAUGUUUUCAGGAGGAAUUAUUGCCUGGAGAAGGAAAUCAAACUUGGUAGAGAGUAGGCGAAAGGGAGGAAGACCUUCAAUGAGAUGGAUUGACACAGUGACUGUAACAAUGGGCUCAAGCAUAACAACAAUUGUGAGGAUGGCGUAGGACCCGGCAAUGUUUGGUUCUGUAGUACAUGGGGCCAGUAUGAUUCAGAACUGGAUUGAGGGCACAUCACAACACUUCACUAAUAAACCAUUGUGAGUGUUGUCUGUGAGUUCUGUGUGGCUAUUGCAAGGAAUUAUCAAACCUAUCACAGAAGUGGAGAGUCCUGGAGAAGGAAUAGUUGGUGUCACAAUUGGUAAAAAGGUUGGAGGGGAAGUAUGUCUGACCUCCGCUUCAUAGAAGUCAGCCUUGGGCUGUAUUUCUUAAGUUAGAGGAAGUCAGAUGCCUCACCGAGCCAUUUUCACAAUGAUUUUAUGUUUCCAGGACACAGAAAUACUUCUAAUUAUAUAUUGAUUGUAAAGUGAAUAAAUGAGUGAAUGGACUGAUCUAAUAGUAUUUUUUUCGUUGGAAUAAGCCAUUGGAAGGCAGUUUAUAAAAUGGAAUUUUCCCCCAGGAACUUUUUUCAUGUGACAUUGUUGCUGUUAGGUGCCAUCAAGUCGGUUCCGACUCAUAGUAACCCUGUGUACAACAGACUGAAACACCACCUGGUCCUGUGCCAUCCUCAUUGUUACGGUUGAGUCCAUUGUUGCAGCCACUGUGUCAGUCCAUCUCAUUGAGGUCUUCCUCUUUUUUGCUCACCCUCUACUAUACCAAGCAUGAUGUCCUCCAGGGACUGGUCCCUUCUGAUAAUACAUUCAAAGUAGGUGAGAUGAAGUCUCGCCAUCCUCGCUUCUAAUGAGUAUUUUGGCUGUACUUCUUCCAAGACAGAUUUGUUCGUUUUUCUGGCAUUCCAUGGUAUAUUCAAUAUUCUUCGCCAACACCAUAAUUCGAAGGCAUUAAUUCUUCGGUCUUCUUUAUUCAUUCUCCAGCUUUCACAUGCAUAUGAGGCAAUUGAAAACACCAUGGCUUGGGUCAGGUGCACCUUAGUCUUUAAAGUGACAUUGUUGCUGUGGGAUUAGAGAAAUGCAGAAACCGAAUAUAAAGGGGCAGAGUAGAAAAGGAGAAGGAGCCUCAGAAUAAGUAAAAUAAAAAGUAGGGCAAGACCCUUAGUGUCUACCAAUGGAGGUGAGGAUAGGAAAUGGGAGGAGGUGAGGACAGGAGUAGGGAGUCGUUUUGUAUUGUCCUAGAGGUAAACCCUUAUAUCACCUUUAAGGGCUGCCACCAUUUCAAAGACUCAGUGUCCUCUGUGACCUGCUAAUAUGAGAUAUGUGAUUUCUUCUAUCAUCAUUAUUCAUUCUCGCUUUGCUUGGAGUGGGGCUCUUGGCCUCUCUCCUCUAUCCAUGUUAACUGAAUGCCUCUCGGUUUUUUGUCUUGUCCUAUUAGCUGAUUGAGGUAAGAUGGACGCUAAUUGCAAGGGAAACAGAAAAUGGCAAAUUUAUUGUCUGCGCAUACAAGGAGCGAUGCGGGGGUGGGGUGGGGUGGGGGGUCUAGCAACCAUAAGGCCAGGUGCUCGACAUCUGAGGGGGCUGGGGAGCUUUUUGUUUCCAAUUGCGUCAGGGGUUGGGUUUGGUACUGGGAACUCUCCGCCCUUAGCCCUCCCAUGCCCAUAUUUGGAGGUCCGGCUAUUAAAUCAUCUGUCCGAUGCUUGUGUAGUGUGACCGCUCGCUUCUAAAAUGGAAUCGGGUGAAAUCAUGGGCUGGGAAAUAUCGUUCUUUCCGGUGACAGUCGGGUCCGGGGUCAGUUGAAGGACGUGAUCUCUUUAAUCUGUGCAUGCUUGGAGGUGUAGCUUGGGCUAGUUCAAUGGAUGGAGCCACUACCUGCUGCGACUUCCUGAACAGUGUUGCUCAAAACAAGUUUGUGGUUAGCAAGACAGAGGAGUGGUGGGGGGGGGGGGAGAGAAGGGUGUUGAUUGGGGUUUUCAUCCACAGUUCCUUUCCUUAAUCCCAUAUACGAAGUUACAAUGAGUCCUGCUCAUAUGAAAAGAGAUGGAAAUUUAACGUGCAGAAGCUGUCUCAGACUGCACUGUGAAACCCUGGAUUAGUGGGUAAUUCUUUCACUCAAAAUUAUAAAUCCUUUCUUUCCUUUUGGAAUCCAGGCUUACUAAAUUUGAGUUUCCAAAAAUAUGGGUGGUGGAGGAGCAGAGACCAUGCUGGGAACUGAUAUUCGUCGAUCUCAGUAAAAGGCAGAGGGCAGGGUUCAAUUAACUAUGUUCAGAUUAGCUGAUUGAUAUUUAUCCCUCCUCUUCUCUUUAUAAGCCUCUUCAAGUAAUUUGCUUUUUCCAGAAUCAAAAUGGUCUCCCUAUACGCAUAUAGAAUAACCGCUUAGAGUAAACCUGUAUGUUCAAAUUUAUUUGAGUUUUGAUUAUUUUUAACACUAGCUGCUGGUACCAAAAAAUUGCCCCAUGCGUUUUGUACGGCGGGUGUUCAAACAUGGCCGCCUUCGUAGAGACACGACAAGACGGGCGCAGACAUAUUGCCUCGUAAGUCAAUGCCGGAAAUGGGUUUCCCCAUCCUCGUCGACCUCCGUAGGUGAACAAGGAUUCUGCGCAGAGAUCCAGUAAUAGAAGCAGUUCACAGAAGCUAGUGCAAUAUUUCUAAAAUCCGGGUGAUUCUGUUGCCGGGUGGAAAACGCAGGUUCUGCUUGGCGUGACUCAUUACAGCCAAUAAACAACAGGCUGACGUGGGAGAGAAGAAAGACACCUCCAUUUCAUUGCGCAGGAAAGGAGCAGUUGGGGAUGCUGCCUCCAAGACUCCUCGCAGGCAGUUGGGGGAAGUGGGCUUUUACAGAGAUCCGACAAGGAAAUGCAAAUUAUUCAUGAAUAUUCAGGUUUGACCUUGACGCAGGUGCUCAGGGCUUGGGGGGUUCGAUCCUCUGGGAUGGAUGAAGAGGUCCAUGUUCCUUCAUUAGUAUGUUAAGUCUCCACCGAGAGGCGGGGUGUUUAUAUGUGUUUUUCACUUAAUGAGCUAAUGGGUCACUUAAAAUGCGGAGAUGGCUUUGAAAACCUGCUAAAACUGGUUGAGGCCAUCUAUGACCUUUCUGUGGUUACCUUGUCAAGGGCAAGUCUAGAACACUGUGCGGCCUAUUCUGCUUGGUGUAGGAGGGUAAGCCAGAGUAGGUGUGUAUUAGAAGGGUUGGACUCUGAGGCUGCCUGCCUCAGUUCAGGAGAAAAACUGGUCAGUGUUUUUGUCCUUGGAACAGAGGGAGGGAAGUGUGUAGACAUGGUGUAGAGAGAAUUCAUGUAGUUCCUGAGGGGAGCGCUGGGGUCCAGGUGUGUGUGGGCAAGCAAGUGGGAGCGUGGUGCCUUUGGAGUCAGACUUGGGGUGAUAGACUUUGUACGAUGAUUAAGGCUGUGUGGACUGUCAGGGUACUGGGUCUUUCCAGAUCUCUCUUCUUAUAAGGGGUGGUGAUGACAUUUAUGACGAAUGUGCCAUCUGGUUUUCAGGUUCGUCAUUUAAUAUGGAGCGCAGUUGUUACUGGGUAGAACCCACAGGUUCUUGCUCAGCAUAACUCAUACUGGUUAGUAAAAGAGAGACCAUGAGGGGAGAACAGGAAAGGCACCUUUAUUUCGUUGUACAAGGAAAAGGAGUCAAUGGGAGCUGCUGCUGCUAAGACUGCUCCCUAAGGGCAAGGGGACAAGUUACUUUUAAAGGGGUUACAAGUAGGGAGUUCAUACAAGUUACACCAGCAACAUUCUUAAUCAUAUUCCACAGGUCCAAUGGGGUUUACAUAUAAUCUCCAAGCAAAAGCAGGAUUCAAGUACAGAGCCGGGGGAGGAGGAAGCCCAGCAAAAGAAACAGGAUUUUUAAUGCAACACUGUGGGAGCUCUGCCUCAUUCCUUCCAUUUCUGUUUUUGACAUUGGUCAUUCAGGACCAGGGUCUGUUUUGAGGUAUAACCCAGCUCGGAACCAUUUGGCAUAUUCUCAGUGAGGGGCAAAUAUUGGACCUAGGCCUUUCAUUGUUGCUACUGACCUCUUGUUGGUUUAUAGCUAUUUACUAAAUAUUAAAAGAAAAAGAGUGGCUUUUAUACACUAUUUAUGUGAAUAUAUGUAACGAUCGUCCUAGCUAUUGUCUUCUUACCUCAGCGCCCAGCUGAUGUGUCCUUGUGAGUCCAGCUUCAGCUGGGUCACAUUCUUUAUGCUCAAGGACAGGGAAUAAUGGCUCAAAUUUUAUCUCCUAAAUCAUUCUUUUCUUUUGCUCUGAGAUUGGAGAUAACUCAUUGAUGAUUAAUACCUGGAUUUAGUUGAGCCUUUAGAUGGCAGCCAUGGGAGGUUCUGUAAAUUUAUGGUGCUGUUUUCCACCAAAUACCAUUUGGUUCUUCACCAGAAUCUUAAUUAAGAGCAAUGUUUCCAUCAAUCGAAUUGUCAAAGUGAGCAGGGUCAAUGUACAUCAGCAUUUUAGCCUGAGGCUUUUUCAAGUAUGUAAGACAAUAAAAGAUAAAUUUUAUACUGUCUGAUACUAUCAGGAUACAGACUAAGAAUAUUAUUAUUUCUUGCAAUAGUGAUUUAGCUCAUGUAUUUAUUCUUGAUGGUAACUAACCAAAUAAAUCUGGUGUUUGUAAGGGUGUUAUGGUGUGUAUCCAAGUAGGUUGUUGUCUAAUUCUGUGUGUAUCCUGUUUUAUUUCUCUUGUGUUACUUUUCUGAACAAAACAACAGGUAUUUGCUACAGAUUACCCUUUUUUGGGCUAAAAAAAUCUGAGACUAUUUUGUUAUGUUACCUUGGCUAAUGAGGUUCCGAGGUUGCUGUUGUGUUUUUAUCUCAUUAGCAACUUCAUCUGCUAUUUGCCCCAUAAUGAUUGAUGAAUUUCUUAAAGAAUUUUCCAGUUUAACUAUACCAUGAUAGAAACUAAAGCUGCCAACCCCAUCCUGAGUAUUGGACUAAUGGGUUUCGUUUUGACUCUGGUUUUGUAAUGUGUAACAAUUUAACAUUACCGUUUCAAUAUUUACUACCAUCAUUAACUAUGACUAUAUAAAGGUGAUUUUAAAGUUCUCAAAGUGCAUUGCCCGUGCAUUCACUAGGAAUCUAAUCAAGAGAUUGCCCACAGAAACUCACUGUCAGUUGAAAAGGGAUCAUUUAAACUAGUAUAGUUGGAUCCGCCACACAAAAACAUAUCCAUAAGGAGCACACAAGUUUUGUCUAGAGGAAACAGAAGGUAUAGAAGAAUUCACAUGUGGCAACCAGAUUUUCAUUGGAGAGUACGUGAGUAACAAGAUAAUAUAGGAUGGACCUCUCCUGUUGGAGGUCUUCAGUUAAUCUGUUUAAAACAUACUAAGUGUUCUUCUCCAGGGCAAGCUGCCCUGCCUGUUUACCUAUUAACAGUCAUGGAUCACUUUCUCAGAAGUAGAAGUGUCACAAAACUUUUAUUUUAAGCAAACUAAUAGGGAUUUUAAUCCUAUUCUAUUUGGUAAAAUCAUAACUUGAAUGAAUUUCAGACACUUUUCUGGUUAUGGUAUUUACAACGUUGCUAAGUUUACCAAUGAGAACUUCUAAUUCGAAAGUUACAAUAUCAAAACCCAUUAGUUAAAUAAUUUAGGAGAAAGGAAAAUGGUUUCUUAUAUCCAGAAAGUAGGACUUAAGACAUCAGCAGUGUGCCCAUAUAAAACCCAUAGUAUUCCUUUACUCAGUCUUCUGUAGUUAAUUUCUGUUCCCUGUGAUUCUGGAUCAGCCGCAGCCUGUAAACUCAUCAGCUUCUAAAUAAGAGUUUUGGAAAUCUUGAUUCAGUCUAGUCACUGUUCUUUUCAGAAGUUUAAUGUAGUCCAUCAUUUUGUUGAGAUAUUUUGGUCAUUUUCAGCAAAUCAGCAAAGUAAAAACUUACCUAAAAAAAAAAAAA